AUGCCCGUUCCCUUCGAGACUCUACUGCCGUACGCCAUCAUGAUUGCCAUGUUUGGCGCCACGGGAACCGGACUUGCUGCUAUCCGAACGUGGCAGAACGACGGCAAGCGUCCUCGCUACUCACUCGACCAGUGGGAUAAGCAAAUGAUGGAGCGCGAUAACCGUCUCACAGGGAGACCGCGUGGGCAAACGGACAAACCUGACGCUCCGUUCGGCUUCGAGUACUCAAAUGGCUGGAAGCUUGAGAAGCGCUACAAUUAG